UUUUGAGAGAAUAUUUUUGACAUCUGGUCUCAGAUCCAAAUAGGUGACAUCCCUCGCAUAGGAGAGAUAGGAUAUCCCUACAACCAAACGCAAUGCCCUUAUUUGUUGGAUCAGUUUUGAUCGCAUGGUGUGCGCGAGACCGGCCGAAGAAUCGGCCGGACUGUAGACGGAAACGUUUUCCAACCACCACAGAGCAUUACCACCAACUGCAACGAGUUGAGCAACCGCUGUCCUGCUCACAACCUUUACGUUUGAUGGGUCACCCAAAUCACGCCCAAAAAUCGCGCCCGCUGCUCUUUAGAUACCGAUCGACCGCGCUCGCUAAGCUAGCUACCUGAUGCGAUUUGGCUGGCUUUGGAUCGAUCACACGAGGCAUGUAGAAACCACGUGCGGCCAUGCAUGUAUUUCGUCCGCCGUUGGCACGCGCGUUUCCAACCUAGCUAGGUAGACAGCAGAUGGACGCCUCCGCGGGGCUCUCGGCCCUUGCCGCGGCGGCGCUGCUGCUGCUGCUGUACAGCGUGCACAGGUGGAGGAACCCUCGGUGCAGCGGCCGGCUCCCGCCGGGGUCCAUGGGCCUCCCGCUCAUCGGCGAGACCUUCCAGUUCUUCUCCCGCGACGCCUCCUUCGACAUCCCUGCCUUCAUCCGACACAGGCUCGCGAAGUACGGCCCGAUCUUCAAGACGAGCGUGGUGGGGCACCCGGUGGUGGUGUCGGCGGACGAGGAGCUGAACCACAUGGUGUUCCAGCAGGAAGGGGAGCUGUUCCAGAGCUGGUACCCGGACUCGUUCGUGGAGAUCUUCGGCCGCGACAACCUCGGGGAGCAGGAGGGCACCAUGUUCAAGUACAUCAAGAACAUCGUGCUCAGGUACUUCGGCCCCGAGAGCCUCAAGGAGUCCAUCCUCCGCGACGUCCAGCGCGCCGUCUGCAGCUCGCUCUGCACCUGGUCCACCCUGCCGGCCGUCGACCUCAAGGAAGCCGUCUCCACCAUGGUGUUUGAACUUUCGGCGAGCAAGCUGCUCGGCCUGGAGCCGUCGAGGUCCAAGGUUCUACGGAAGGGCUUCUUCGACUUCGUCCGAGGGCUCAUCUCCUUCCCGCUCUACUUGCCAGGAACAGCUUACUACGCAUGCAUGCAGGGACGGAUGAGCGUGAUGAAGGUGCUGCAGCAGGUGCUGGAGGAGAGGAUCAGAUCGGCUGAGGCGCUGGGAGCAGGGGAGGCACGAUGCCACGGCGACUUCCUGGACUACGUCGUGCAGGAGAUCACCAAGGAGAAGCCGGUCCUGACGGAGGGAAUGGCGCUGGACCUCAUGUUUGUGCUCCUCUUCGCCAGCUUCCACACGACGUCGCUGGCCAUCACCCUGGCCGUCAAGCUGCUCACCGACCAUCCUCGCGUCCUGGAGGAGCUCACGGUGGAGCAUGAAUCGAUUCUGAACGAGCGUGAGGCAGGCGGCGAGUCUGAUGGCGACAGAGUUACAUGGAAAGAGUACAAAUCCAUGGCAUUCACAUCCCAGGUGAUAAACGAGACGGUCCGACUGGCCAACAUUGCGCCUGGCAUCUUCAGGAAGACACUGAAAGAUGUACAGUUCAGAGGAUACACUAUUCCAGCUGGAUGGGGAGUGAUGGUCUGCCCUCUAGCGGUGCACCUGAAUCCAGAUAUUUACCCUGACCCCCUCACCUUCAGUCCUUCAAGGUUCAAGGAUAAACUAGAGGCAAACCGUGGGUCAAGGCACUUCAUGGCUUUCGGAGGAGGUCUCCGGUCUUGUGUUGGAGCAGACUUCAGCAAGCUACAAAUGGCCAUUUUCCUUCACUUUCUUGUCACCAAAUAUAGGUGGAUACAACUAGGAGGAGGCAAGAUAAUUCGGUCUCCAGGGCUAGAAUUUCCUGAUGGUUACCUCAUUCAGAUAAGACAGAGAAACUAAUCAACGCCUGCUUUCAAGUGCUGCUAGCAGUAGAAAAGGCUUUUAUGUAGUAGGUGUGGUGUACAAUUCUAUGAUGUUAUUUGAUGAAAUAACAGUUGCGUAGAGGUACUUCUAUUCAGUCAAUUUUUUGCAUUUACUCCCUCCGUCCUUGAAAGAGCAUACUUUCAACUUUGUUGGAGGGUCAAACUAUCUCAAAGUUUGACCGAGUUCGUGUAAAAAUAUAUCAAUGUUUGUGAAACCAAAUAGGUAUAUAAUGAAAAUAUAUUUUAUCA